AUGCUGGAAAAGGGUCAAAGACGAGAAGGUGCAUGGACACAGUCAUUGUUGCUGGCUGUUGCUUCAGCAGCAAUCGGUGGUUCAUUUCAGUUUGGCUAUCAUAUUGGAUGUGUCAAUGUACCUGCUAAGGUUAUCAAACUAUGGAUGAUUGAUUCGCAUAACAAACUUUUUGAUGAAUUAUUGACUAUUGAGGAGAUCAGCAGAGUUCAAUGGGCUAUCACGGUUGGAAUUUUCGCUGUCGGUGGAAUGAUUGGUGGCUUAGCUUCUGGUAAGAUGGCAGAUUGGCUUGGUCGUAAAGGUGCUAUGAUGGCCAACAAUAUCGUUGCUGUUGUAGCAGCUGUAUUGAUGACCGUGUCCUAUUACGUAAAUGUAUAUCCAUUGAUGAUCGUUGGACGCUUAAUUAUAGGCAUCAAUUCUGGCUUAAGCUCAGGCCUAGUACCUAUGUACCUUACCGAAAUAUCACCCGUGAAUUUACGUGGUUCACUGGGUAGUGUGGCACAACUGUUGGUUACCAUCGGUAUUUUAUUCUCACAAAUUAUCGGUUUACCGCAACUUCUAGGUUCAGCAAAAUUGUGGCCAUUGGUCUUUGGCUUUACGGUAGUUCCAGUGAUUUUCCAAGUAGCUACUUUGCCAAUGAUACCAGAAUCACCCAAAUAUAAUUUAAUUGUGAUGAAUCGUGCUGAGCAAGCUGAAGAAGACCUGAAAAAACUGCGCGCAAAAGACGAUGUGAAAGCAGAAAUUGAUGCGAUGAAAGAGGAGCAAGCAAAGAUAAACGCUGUAGCAGAAAUUAGCAUCUUUGACUUGUUCCGUGGUAACCUUCUCUGGCCUAUGUUUAUCGCAAUUAUGAUGAUGUGUGCACAGCAGUUUUCGGGUAUAAACGUUGCUAUGUUUUUCUCCACAAUGAUUUUUGAAGGCGCUGGACUGGGAGAAAAUGCUGUUUAUGCCACCUUGGUGAUGGGCUUAAUUAAUGUUAUCAUGACGGUUGUUUCCGUGUAUAUGGUUGAUCACCCCAAGAGUGGACGUGUAAUGUUGUUGAUGAUUGGCUUGAUUGGAAUGUUUUUUGCUUCCAUUUCCAUUGUCAUUUUUAUCUCAAUCUACACAGCAGAUCAGUCAAGCAACAGAUGGGCAUCUUAUCCGGCUUGUAUAUUCGUGUUUCUCUUUGUCAUAUUCUUUGCUACUGGCCCAGGUUCCAUUCCAUGGUUUUUCGUCUCGGAAUUGUUCUCAUCAGGAGCACGUGGUGCAGCGAAUUCGGUUGCUGCAGCAACAAACUGGACAGCAAAUUUCAUUGUCGGGACAUCGUUCGAAUUUCUCAAUGCAAAUGCUUGUUUCAUUUGCUUAAGCUUACAGUCAGUUUCGUUUCAGCAAAUUUUACACCAGUAUGCUUUCCUGAUCUUCUCUGUUUUCCUGGCAUUCUUUGCAUUUUUCACUUGGAUGUACGUACCAGAAACCAAAGGUCGUACCGUUGAAGAUAUACAGGAAGAAUUGGCGCGUGGCAAGUCGCGAUUUGCUCGAAAUGUGAAAUGA